CAACUGCUGCGUCCCCUAAACGAGAAGGGUCUCGUCAUCGAGAAGACGCCCGAGCUCACGGAGCUGAACAUCCACAAGAAUUGGACGGCCGAGAUUGUUGGAGGGGAAUACGACUUUCAACGCAAGGAGAGAAGGCAAAAAAACGGAGGAGAAAGGUGUGGCGGAAUCCUGUGCGUCGAGGCAUCGGUACUGCUAGAAGGCGUCAGUACAUUCAAUCCCAGUCUGUCUCGAAGUUUCUCUUUAUUUCUGACCUAUUCGUAG